GUAAACAAAUGUUGCCGUACAACUAAAACUCCUUUGAUCGUUUUCAUGGUUUGCGUUCGUUGUUGUCACGAAAUACAUUUUUAUAUCUUUCACAUAAACAGUUGUUUAAUCACAGCUUAACUUUGUUCUUAUCCAGCAUUAUCAGGCAUGUUUGUCAAAACGUCAUAUUCCUGUACGGUUGUCCCUGUAAAUUUCGUAAUCUCCCAAUUCUGGAGAAACUUUCAUUGACUUUAGAAGACUUUAAUAAUGAAUUACGGAUGACAUGAAACAAAAUUUCAUAUUUUUCAGUCUAGAGAAAAAUAACUUUACAAGUUAGGCCCACUACUUACACAAAUUCAGGAUAAUGGGUUAUUCUAAUAGUCCCAGUUUAGGUAAUUCAUCUUUGCGUCCAAUUUUCACUCGAAUUUAAGUCUGCUUCAGCGACCAUGAUAGUGCAGCUCUAAGUACAGUUAACUGUAUUAUAAGAAAUCUAGGUCGUAUUGUGAGCGGCAAUUAUUUCAUAAUUUAGUCUUCAAAAACUUAAAGUUAGUGGAUUAGCAUUGUCCUCCACUGGCAUAUUUAACUCAGCAUUCUAUAACACUAUGUAGUCCAACUGGUCUUUUUUUCUAAUAUCGUUUUAGAUCCAAAGUUAUUGAAAAUACUAACCUAUCUGAUAUUGUGCCUCACUCAUUUUCGUUGUCGAUAUGUCAGUUCUACAUAUUCGAAUUACCUGAAUAAACUUCCGCUGGACUGUUCAUUUUUGUGAGAGUUCUCACCAAAUUAAUUUAAACUGUGCAUUAUUUGGAACCUAGCUACAUGCUGUUCUGCUACUUGCCACGAAAAUUUCUCGGAUCUUUCGGCAGACAAUCAUUUUACAAACUGUCAUCCUACUAUUUAUUAAAAUCCAAUCCAUGUGUUAAUUUCCAACAGAAAAUUACAGUUCAUGGCCCCUACCGUAACCGCUACACACAUUACAAAAAUGCCUAUCCUGUAGACAACUCUUUAUACUUUAAGUAUUACUUUGGAGCUUUAACGUGCGCCUUUUUAUUAUAUAUUUCUAUAGGAUUCUCUUAUUUCGAGCGCAAGAUCUAUAAACCCUACAUUGGAAAAGAUACUAAAAAGAAAUGCAAUGUAUUAAAUGCGAAAUGUCAGUCAGAGAUUUCUGGCUCAGAUGAAGAAGAGCUACAACAAAACGACUCUGUAAGGAAAAAGCAUGUUGGAUUUCGAGACAGAAAGUUCAUUGCAUAUGAAAACCGAAUUCGAGCCUACUCUACACCGGACAAGAUCUUUCGUUAUUUCGCGACCCUAAAGAGCAUAGAAGAAGACAGCGAAACAAUUUAUAUGACUCCUGAAGACUUCCUUCGUUCAAUUACUCCGGGUAUUAAACAGCCUGAUGGUUUAGAUCUGGAUUCGUUCAAACGAUAUGAUCCAAAGACUGGAUUAGUCUGGUUCCAUAACAAGAGUGAAAAAUUAAAUUUGGGUAUACCUAAAGAAUCAGUAUUUUAUAAGCUUUGCGAUCAAGCUUUAAUCACAUUCACUGAUUUCAUAUUUCUAUUAACUGUACUUUCAACACCUCGCCGACAAUUUGAAAUAGCUUUCCGUAUGUUUGAUAUUAAUGGGGAUGGGGAGCUAGACAUAAACGAAUUUGAAGUAGUACGUUCUGUUAUCAUGGGUACAACUGCAAUGGGUCGUCGUCAUCGAGAUAAUUUAACAACAGGUUGUACUUUGAAACCAAGUAGUUGUAACAGUGCUUUCAAAAGUUAUUUCUUUGGUCCAAACGGUGAUCAAAAGUUGCCAAUCAGUAAAUUUCUUCAAUUCCAUUCUGAUUUACAGGAGGAGAUUAUGCGUUUAGAGUUUGAAAGAGCUGAACCAAAGAAUGGGAAAAUUUCUGAAGUUCAGUUUGCCAACUCUCUACUUGUCUAUGCUGGAUUUUCUGAAAAUAAAAGACGUAAAAUGAUUCGUCGAGUAAAAACGAAAUUCCCAGUAGAUUCUGAUCAGUCUAGUGGCAUCACUUAUAAAGAUUUUUCUGAUUUCAGUCAUUUACUUCGAUCUAUUGCUGAUGUGGAUACAGCUUUAACAUUUUAUCAUAUGGCUGGUGCAUCAAUUGAUCAAGAUACUUUAAAUCAUGUUGCUUUAACUGUAGCCAACCUUCACUUGUCACCACAUGUUUUAGAUGUGGUUUUCACUUUAUUCGAUGAGAAUAAUGAUGGACAAUUAAGUUAUCGUGAAUUUGUCGGUGUUAUGCGACAUAGACUUUUACGUGGUUUGGAUAAACCGAUGGAUACAGGUUUUAUUCGAUUACUUAAUGCUUUGCUCCAUUGUACUAAAGAACAAAUCAUUCUUGGAGUUAAUUCUGCUUAUAAUAAAGAUGUUUGAAAAGUUAACUAUACCAUGACUGUGAGGAUGGAUUUAUAGUUAUAUAUGAAUAAAAAGAAUUUUAUGUGGGACAAUGUAUCUACUAUCUAUUUCUCCUGCUCAUAUGGAAUAAAUCAUGCUUCAUACAUUUUAAUUACACUGGAAUAUCUUGUAUCGUAUAUGUGUGUAUACGUUAUUUCACAUGUUCACAUCCUUAUACACACUGUUGUUAUACUGCAUUAAUUUCAAAAAAAAUAAAAUGCUUAAUAAUAAUAAUAAUAGUUUUGUUUUUCUCCAAUUUUCAUUUCUAUGAUUACAUAUUAUUCUUUGUUUUCGUCUGAAUGUGUAUUUUUUUUUCGAUCA